AUGUCUGAUUUGCCGUACUACUGUCACAUAUGCGACAGGGUGGUUUACAUUGAGGACAGAGUACAGUGCCCACAGUGCAGGGAGUCCUUUUUAGAGCUACACACAGAAGACCUUGAUGAUGAGGAGGAGAGAAUAUCCAUUCCAGCCACAAAUUGCAUGGGAGGGUUUCUAGGCCUAAGCUUUUUCGGGUGUACACGGCAGAGGGCCAUGCGGCCAGAAAGGAAAAGAACAAUCACAUCUGACAGGAGGAAUUAUGCGAUUGGUCCUGAGAUAGAUGAUAUAAUAUCCAGGCUAAGGGACGAAAGGGGCAUUGAUGAGAAUCCUGCGACAGAAGAGCAGAGAUCCAGACUAAUCCUAUCAGAGAUAGCAGGGACUGACGAAGUAUGCACGAUUUGUUUCUGUCCAUUUGAGGGUUCUCAGCAGGGGUACAAGUACCCGUGCAGUCACGGCUUCCAUGUGGAGUGUUCAGAUGCCUGGCUUAAGUUACAGUCGGACUGUCCAAUGUGUAGAAAAUCCUUAUAAUUAAUUUCUGGUUAUUGUAUAAUAAAUACAGUCAGUGUAUCAGUAUAUUUUACAGUAUAUGUA